AUGGCCUCCGCCGCUGCCAACGCCCCCAUGACCAUGAAAGAGCAGCUCACGCUGCCGAGUAUUGGUAUAAAUCCGCAGUUCAUUACGUUUACGCAUGUGACGAUGGAAUCGGAUAAGUACAUUUGCGUCAGGGAGACCUCGCCGCAGAACAGCGUGGUCAUCAUUGACAUGAGCAUGCCUAUGCAGCCGUUGCGGCGACCUAUUACUGCCGAUUCGGCUCUGAUGAAUCCGAAUUCCAGGAUUCUCGCUCUCAAAGCUCAAGUGCAAGGAACUACUCAGGACCAUUUACAGAUAUUUAAUAUUGAGCUGAAAACGAAGAUGAAAUCACAUCAGAUGCCUGAGCAGAUUGUGUUUUGGAAGUGGGUCACUCCUAAGAUGCUGGGGAUGGUCACAGUGACCUCAGUAUAUCAUUGGUUAAUUGAAGGGGAUUCUGAGCCAACAAAGGUGUUUGAGCGUACAGCUAAUUUAGCAAAUAAUCAAAUUAUCAACUACCGUUGCGAUCCCUCUGAAAAGUGGUUGGUCUUAAUUGGAAUUGCACCUGGUUCUUCUGAGAGGCCACAACUGGUUAAAGGAAACAUGCAGCUUUUCUCUGUGGAGCAGCAACGUAGUCAGGCUCUUGAAGCACAUGCUGCAUCAUUUGCCACAAUUAAAGUUGCAGGGAACGAGAACCCUUCAACUCUUAUAUGCUUUGCUGCAAAGUCCUCUAACGCCGGACAAGUUACAUCAAAGUUGCAUGUUAUUGAGCUUGGUGCCCAGCCAGGAAAACCAUCAUAUACUAAGAAGCAAGCAGAUCUCUUCUUCCCUCCGGAUUUCGCUGAUGACUUUCCUGUGUCAAUGCAGAUAUCAGAGAAGUAUGGGUUGAUAUAUGUAAUCACAAAGCUUGGACUUCUGUUUGUAUAUGACCUAGAGACAGCAACUGCAGUUUAUAGAAAUCGAAUCAGUCCGGAUCCUAUAUUUUUGACUGCUGAAGCUUCAUCUGUUGGGGGCUUUUAUGCAGUCAAUAGGCGUGGUCAGGUGUUACUUGCUUCUGUAAAUGAACAAACAAUUGUACCUUUUGUUAGUGGUCAGUUAAACAAUUUGGGACUCGCAGUUAGUCUUGCCAGAAGAGGAAAUCUUCCCGGUGCUGAAGACUUGGUUGUCCAGCGAUUCCAAGAAUUGUUCUCUCAGACGAAAUAUAAGGAGGCUGCAGAGCUUGCUGCAGAUUCUCCAAUGGGAGUACUUCGUACACCUGAAACUGUUACUAAAUUUCAGAGUGUUCCUGUGCAAGCUGGGCAAACACCACCGUUGUUGCAGUACUUUGGAACUUUGUUAACUAAAGGGAAACUCAACGCGUUUGAAUCAUUGGAACUGUCACGUUUGGUUGUAAAUCAAAACAAGAAAAAUCUAUUGGAGAAUUGGCUAGCAGAGGACAAGCUUGAAUGUAGUGAAGAGCUAGGAGAUCUUGUGAAGACAGUGGAUAAUGACCUUGCUUUGAAAAUAUACAUCAAAGCCAGGGCAACUCCAAAAGUUGUUGCAGCCUUUGCUGAGAGAAGGGAAUUUGACAAGAUUUUAGUAUACUCAAAACAGGUUGGAUAUACACCUGAUUAUAUGUUCCUUCUGCAAACAAUUUUGCGGACAGAUGCCCAGGGGGCUGUCAAUUUUGCUCUAAUGAUGUCUCAAAUGGAGGGAGGUUGCCCUAUUGACUACAAUACCAUUACUGAUCUGUUCCUUCAGAGGAAUCUCAUUCGCGAGGCAACGGCCUUUUUGUUGGAUGUGCUGAAGCCGAAUCUACCCGAGCAUGGCUUCCUUCAGACAAAGGUUUUGGAAAUCAAUCUUGUGACUUUUCCUAAUGUUGCGGAUGCUAUAUUGGCCAACGGUAUGUUCAGUCAUUAUGACCGCCCCCGCGUUGGUCAACUCUGUGAAAAAGCUGGUUUGUAUUUGCGUGCCUUACAGCAUUAUACCGAGUUGCCUGAUAUUAAACGAGUCAUUGUGAACACACAUGCAAUUGAUCCUCAGGCUCUUGUUGAGUUCUUCGGGACUCUUUCCAUAGAAUGGGCUCUCGAGUGCAUGAAAGAUCUUCUACUGGUCAAUCUUAGGGGCAAUCUUCAGAUUAUUGUGCAGACUGCCAAAGAGUAUUCCGAGCAACUGGGUGUAGAUAAAUGUAUAAAGUUGUUUGAGCAGUUCAAGUCCUAUGAGGGGUUGUACUUUUUCUUAGGCUCAUACUUGAGCUCCAGUGAGGAUCCUGAUAUCCACUUUAAGUAUAUUGAAGCAGCUGCAAAAACUGGACAGAUUAAGGAGGUGGAGCGAGUGACUCGUGAAUCUAACUUUUAUGAUGCCGAGAAGGCUAAGAACUUUCUAAUGGAAGCCAAGCUUCCAGAUGCGCGUCCUCUAAUUAAUGUCUGUGAUCGUUUUGGCUUUGUUCCUGAUCUCACUCAUUACCUAUAUACGAACAAUAUGCUCCGUUACAUUGAAGGUUAUGUCCAAAAGGUCAAUCCGGGAAAUGCUCCUUUAGUUGUUGGGCAGCUUUUGGAUGAUGAAUGCCCUGAAGAUUUCAUCAAAGGUCUUAUUCUAUCAGUUCGUUCUCUUCUACCAGUUGAACCCCUUGUUGAUGAAUGUGAAAAGAGGAAUCGUCUUCGCCUGCUCACUCAGUUCUUGGAGCAUCUUGUGAGCGAAGGAAGCCAAGAUGUACAUGUUCAUAAUGCUCUUGGUAAAAUCAUCAUAGAUAGUGGCAACAAUCCGGAGCAUUUUCUCACAACUAACCCAUAUUAUGAUUCCCGCGUUGUGGGUAAAUAUUGUGAAAAAAGAGAUCCGACCCUUGCUGUUGUUGCUUACCGUAGAGGGCAAUGUGAUGAUGAACUUGUUAAUGUAACAAAUAAGAAUUCAUUGUUCAAACUCCAGGCCAGAUAUGUUGUGGAAAGAAUGGAUGAUGACCUCUGGGCUAAGGUCCUUGAUCCUGAAAAUGAGUAUAGAAGGCAGCUCAUUGAUCAAGUUGUCUCAACUGCUUUGCCUGAAAGCAAGAGCCCUGAGCAAGUUUCAGCAACUGUUAAAGCGUUUAUGACCGCAGACCUUCCACAUGAGUUGAUUGAGCUUCUUGAAAAGAUAGUGCUCCAGAAUUCAGCUUUUAGUGGAAACUUCAAUCUACAGAAUCUUUUAAUCUUGACUGCAAUCAAGGCUGAUCCGUCCAGAGUCAUGGAUUAUAUCAAUCGAUUAGACAACUUUGAUGGACCUGCUGUUGGAGUAAUGGCUAUUGAAGCCCAACUCUAUGAGGAAGCUUUUGCAAUCUUCAAGAAGUUCAAUUUGAAUGUUGAUGCUGUCAAUGUUCUGUUGGAUAACAUUCACAGCAUUGACCGUGCGGUAGAGUUUGCAUUCAGGGUUGAAGAAGAUGCUGUUUGGAGCCAGGUUGCCAAGGCCCAAUUACGAGAGGGGCUUGUGAGUGAUGCUAUUGAGUCAUUCAUUCGUGCUGAUGAUGCCACCCAGUUUUUGGAUGUCAUACGUGCUGCUCAGGAUGCAGAUGUGUAUCAUGACUUGGUAAGGUACCUUCUGAUGGUUAGGCAGAAGGCGAAAGAGCCCAAGGUAGACAGUGAACUCAUUUAUGCAUAUGCUAAGAUUGAUCGACUCGGUGAUAUUGAAGAGUUCAUUCUUAUGCCAAAUGUUGCUAAUCUCCCAAAUGUUGGGGAUCGCCUGUAUGAUGAAGAACUAUAUGAAGCAGCCAAGAUCAUAUUUGCAUUUAUUUCUAACUGGGCCAAGCUGGCGUGUACUCUAGUGAAGCUCAAGCAGUUUCAAGGUGCUGUUGAUGCUGCCCGGAAAGCUAACAGCUCAAAAACUUGGAAGGAAGUUUGCUUUGCAUGUGUUGAUGCUGAGGAAUUCCGGUUGGCUCAAAUUUGUGGACUCAACAUCAUCAUCCAGGUGGAUGAUUUGGAAGAAGUCAGUGAGUUUUACCAGAACAGGGGGUGCUUUAAUGAACUCAUUAGUCUCAUGGAGAGUGGACUAGGAUUGGAACGUGCACAUAUGGGCAUCUUUACUGAGUUGGGAGUUCUAUAUGCGAGAUACCGUCCUGAGAAGCUCAUGGAGCACAUUAAACUGUUUUCUACUCGUCUCAACAUUCCCAAACUUAUACGAGCUUGUGAUGAACAGCAGCACUGGAAGGAAUUAACAUACUUAUAUAUACAAUAUGAUGAAUUUGAUAAUGCUGCAACCACCAUAAUGAACCACUCCCCAGAAGCAUGGGAACACAUGCAAUUCAAGGAUGUGAUAGUCAAAGUUGCAAGUGUUGAGCUUUACUAUAGGGCUGUGCACUUUUAUUUGGAAGAACAUCCUGAUAUUAUCAAUGAUGUUCUAAAUGUGCUUGCACUUCGUGUGGACCAUACCCGAGUGGUGGAUAUAAUGCGAAAGGCUGGUCACAUCCGUCUGGUAAAGCCAUACAUGGUUGCAGUCCAGAGCAACAAUGUAACAGCUGUAAAUGAAGCUCUAAAUGAAAUAUAUGUUGAGGAGGAAGACUAUGACAGACUUCGUGAAUCUAUUGAUUUGCAUGAUAGCUUUGAUCAGAUAGGUCUUGCACAAAAGCUUGAGAAACAUGAGCUUCUUGAGAUUAGACGUGUUGCUGCAUACAUUUAUAAGAAAGCUGGAAGAUGGAAGCAAUCCAUUGCAUUGUCAAAGAAGGACAAACAUUACAAAGACGCAAUGGAGACGUGCUCACAGUCUGGUGAUCAUGAUCUUUCCGAGGAAUUGCUUGUCUAUUUCAUCGAGCAGGGAAAGAAAGAAUGUUUUGCAUCGUGUCUCUUUGUUUGUUAUGAUUUAAUCCGGCCAGACGUUGCUCUUGAGCUGGCAUGGAUGAACAAUAUAAUCGAUUUUGCCUUCCCAUACAUCCUACAGUUUAUGCGUGAGUACACAGGCAAGGUUGAUGAACUUAUCAAAGACAAAAUUGAGUCUCAAAAAGAGGUGAAAGCCAAAGAGCAAGAGGAGAAGGAAUUGGUUGCGAAGCAGAACAUGUAUGCUCAGUUGCUGCCUGCUUUGCCUGCACCUCCGGGUAUGGGUGGAGGUUUUGCUCCACCUCCAAUGCCACCAAUGCCACAGAUGGGUGGGAUGGGGAUGCCUCCCAUGCCUCCUUUUGGGAUGCCACAAAUGGGCCCUUCCUAUUAAUAUCUGCAACAUUGAAGUUUUGUGACUGUUCUAACAGCUUCUACCGGGUGAAGCUACCAGAGAUUUGAUUCUACAUUGUCACAUGGCUGACUGAUGAAAUGGAGGGUGAAGUGAAAUAUUCUCCCACUUUCCUGGCAGAGCAUCUUCUAACAGAGAAUUAUCAUUUUCUUUCUGAAACUUUUUUGUCACAAUAUCAAAUUCUUUUCAGUCGGCUGUCAAGUCUGAGCUGAGUAGGGCGUUGUUCGAGUUGUCUCUGUUUCCCCCAGGAUGGCCAAGGAGCCUGCUCUUGCUAAUGUCUUGGCUUCUGACUACUUAACUACUUGUAUAGGUUCAUUUUUGAAACUUAAUUUCAGUAGUAUGAAAUAUUUAGUGAAAUUAUGUACAAACGUCUUCCCUUUGAUAUGAAACCAAUGGCGCUAGUUUACUAAAUUAUCAGAGUUUAUCCUUCAGCAUCUU